AUCUUCCUUGGCUGACCGUGACCGGGAACAUCUUGCAAAAGAUCCCCAAGUCAGUUUGGAUGACAACCAGCUGAUUCACAUUCGCAUGAUAAGCAGCAGGAAUGAAGCUGCAGCACCCUUUGGUACGUGAGACCAUCUUUUAGUGGAUUUUUACAGUUGAGGAGAAAAUAACUCCAGUGGACGUCGCCAUGGAGGAGGAUGGGGAGCUGGUAGGAAUGGGACUUCGCGUCUCAGUGUCCCCUCUCCAAAUAGCCAUGUACAUCAUACUAGUGCUGUUGGGCAUCCUGGGUAAUACCACCGUGAUCGGGGUGAUUGGUAGAAGCGUGUUCGUGGAACGCGGCCGGGGACAGAACUCGGACAUCAUCAUCAUCAACAUGGCCUUGUCCAAUUUGUUAGUGUCGGUCAUGAGGAACACACUGCUCGUCAUCUCAGACAUUGGACUGGAGCUGUAUUCCUCAAAGGAGUGGUGUCAGUUUCUCAUGGGUGUGUGGGUGUGGCUGCGCUCGGUCAACGUGUGGUCAACACUCUUCCUCAGUGCCUUCCACCUUCAGACUUUAAGACGAGUGGCUCCCAAUAUUGGCACCCUUCGUACACCCCGAGGGCUUCCUAAUACCCUUCUACUCAAUCUGGCCUUCAUCUGGUUUCUCAACUUUUUAUAUUCCAUUCCUGCAUAUAUCUUCUCCACGAAUGGAAACGUGAAUACCACAGAGACACUGAUGCUUGUGAGCAGCACAACACGUCCUUUGCUGGGAUGCGUGUGGAACUUCCCCUAUUCCUUCAGCGGCUUGUCAUACGCCACCACCUCAAUGGUGAUCCACGAGACCCUUCCUAUUAUUCUGAUGGUCUUUACAAAUGUGGGCUCGCUGUACACACUCUACACGCACGGCAGGACAUCCGUGAAAGGCGCACCCGUCAUGAAAAGGGUGCCGGCUGAGAGACGAGCAGCCAAGGUGAUUCUUGCCCUCAUCAUGCUCUUCAUCGUGUCAUGGGGCACCAGCAUCAUCUCCGUCAACUACUUCAAUUACAACCGAGGCUCCUCGGCAGAGUUUCUGCUGGUCAUCGCUCGUUUCGCCAACAUCAUCUUCAUCGCCAUGUCACCCAUGGUUCUGGCAGUGGGCCACCGCCGACUCCGCUCUUUCAUUAAAUCUUUUCUCUCCCACUGAAAGGCUGCUGGCAAGCACAAGGACCCACCGUAGCCAUUCACUGGACAUUUCAUUAGGCACACUUUAUGAGAUACAAUUCAAGUUAUAGAUUUAAUUUUUUUUUUUUUUUUUUUAAUCAGACCCAGUUUUGAGCUUUACUGUGUUUGUCGUUGUCGCUGGUGGCCGCAGUACAAUCUAAUGGUUAGCACA